CGCGACCGGGCCAACGCGCGUCACGAGAACCACCGAGAGCGCGAAUCAUGACGAACAAGAUGCCAUGCGACAAUUGCCACGCCGCGCCCGCGGAGUGGUUCUGCGCGCACGACGGAGCGAACCUGUGCGCGCGAUGCGACGUCGCGAUUCACACCGCGAACAAGCUCGCGAUGCGACACGAACGCAUCCCCAUGGAACAAAAACUCGCGAACGACGCGCUGUGCCAAUCCAUCAACCCGACGAACGACGGCUUCGACACCGAGAUGGGCGUGGCGCGCAACGAGCAAGCCAGCACGUCGUCGGGCGCGCCCACCAACGAGACGUCGAACGACCUCGACUGGCUCGUCUCCGGCCCGCACGGCAACAUGGACGACCCGCUCAGUAAUUUACUCGACAUGCACCAGGACGCGCACGACAGCAGUAACGGCGACGCGUCGCACUUUGGGUUGGACGACGCGUCGCUGUGGGGGAGCCACGGCGGCUUCGGGAACGGAAACCACCUCUCGUCGGCGGCGUUUAGAAACUCGGACGCGCGGCGGGAACUGAGCGCGCAACCGGUGGUCGGCGACAGCGCGGGGUUUGUCACCGGGAACGGCGCGGCGAUGAUGGGACAAGGACACGCCGACGGGAUGCAGCGACAACAGAACGAUGGGAAGGAAAUCUCGAGCACGAGCGGGACGAGCGAGACGACGCAGGCGCCGACGCAGAUGAUGCCGCCGCACGCGGGCGGACAAGUCAACUUUUCGCACGGCGGCGGCGCGCCGGGGGGGCCGGGGUCGCCGCACUACGACCAAGUCUUGACCAGGCCGUUCGCGACGAGCGCGCUGAGACACGCGCAGCUGCAGCGGUACCGCGCGAAGCGACUCGCGAGGCACCUCGGGCACAAGAAGAUUCGAUACGAGUGCCGGAAGACGCUCGCGGAUAACCGCCCGCGCAUCAAAGGCCGGUUCGCGAAGGUGCACUCGGACCCGAACCUCGCCGCCGCCGCGCUCGCGGCGGUGCAGUCGUGCCCGGACCUCACCGCUUUGAACGUCGUAGGAGAGGACAAAGAGUCCUCCGAGGACUCAAACUCGAAGAAAGGAGGCCGGAACGCCAAGUCGCGACUGUCGAACGGCAGCGGCAGCAACGAGAGCUCGUCGCCUAAACUGAAAAACCCGGCGCACAAGGCUUCGUCCAAAAAGCCAAACACGCGCGGGUCCGGGGCGUCUAGCCCGGAGCAGUGGGACUCCACCGCGGGCGUGAGCUUGCGGUCGGGGGGGAAAGGGAUGCCGUACACGCAGUCUGAGGUCUCGCUCGUGGACCUCGGGCGAAGGCUGUGUUGAGUCGUGUGGUGAGAGCGGAGCGAGGGUGGGUGCGCCGAGCGAGCGAGCGAGCGACGGAGUUUCAUCAUCAGUCGUCUCCUUCUGUUCGUCUGGCGAAUUGUUGUACAAGAGGAAUUUUUUUGGUUCGGGACGGGUUGCGGGUGUAAAAACGCAAAACAAACGAAAACGCAUGUGGAAAGAAGUGAAGUGAGGGAAAAACAAGGGACCGGGGACGCAGUCACGCGGAGAAGGACAAACACGUUGGGGAGCACGCGCGCUGUGUGUACGACGCCCGCGCGCGCGCUCCCCGUUCUGUCCGCGUCGACGCUCGUAAUUCAAUAGAGUAUAGAACUCCGAGCGGGAGCGAUUUAAUACCGAGCUCCUGCGCCUUC